AUGCAGACGGGUACUGCGCCUGACUUGCGUCAGAUCGUCGUCUACGGGUCGCAAUGCUACGUCUACCGCGACACGCGCAAGAACUCGCUAGCGCAGCGAUCGCAGAUCGGGACGAUUAUCGGGAUCAGCGACGAGACCAAGAACGCGCAGCUGCAACGAGCAUUGGGUGACGAAGCCCGAGCCGACCUUGCGGAGGAGAUAACAUCAGAGAUAGAUGCGCCAGCGGUGCCGAGUUACGGAAUGGCCAAGGCGAAGAAGCCGUGGGCUCGACAGGCAUACGGCACGCGCGGCGCGACAAAUUGCGCGCAAGCAGCAGUCAGUCAGGAGGAGCCAAAAGCUGGUGAGGACGUCGUGAGUACGGCGUUUGAUUGUGACCCGCAGAAAUACGCCGAGGCCAUGCAAAGCACCAAGCGAGACGGCUAG